GGUCACACUGGCAAAACAGCUGAUUUAAUAUUUAAUAACAAUAAUAUGUUUAAGCGAAUCGAAUGAAAUGCUUAAGCGAAUCGAAUGAAAUACUUAAAAGUCGUAUUUAGCACUCUUUCAAGUAAAUUUGUUAGAAGUUAAAGUCACCUGAUUGUGUCACACCUGUGAAGUCUCUACCUAAUACUUGAAAAGUAUUUACAUAGCUAAAAUGUGGAAUUUAAAGGAUUCUGCCGCACAUUUAUAUCGGCAAUAUGAGCUGGUCACCUGCAUUAAUAUGUUCGAGCCAUGGGAGAAGAAGCUAAUCAAUGGAAUUUUCUUGUUGAUGUUUGUGCUCUUGGUAUUCUCGAGCUGCGUCUAUUUGCCCAGCUAUAUGGACACGCUGAUUGAGAUUAUAAGGCCAGCAGCUGGAUCCAGUAAGGUGGAUGAUCUGACAUAUGUGCCGCAGAGAAUCAGCAGCAUGUAAGACAUGGCCCACACCAUAGGCUAGAAUCGCCCCAUACAGGAGAAAUCGAUAUACAUGUGUUAUGCACAUAGGACUUGCCCAAUCGGAAGACAGAUUAUAAAUGAAUGAAAACAUUUUGUGAUUUACUUUAACUUGAUUAAAAUCUUUAAAUAUUUGAGUGUGCCAACGAA